AUGGCAUCCCAGGACAACAACAACGACGACAUCAACGCAGCAUACAUGAACAUGCUCAACAGAAACAUCCCAGGCGUCGGAAACAACCCCCUCCACCCCGCCUCCACCACCAUCACAAAACCAACAACGAUGCACCUCUCAAACAAGUCCACCAACGCCAACCUCACCAGCUCGCCAUCAGUAACCAAAAAUCAACAGCACGCAAUCGAUACCCUUCAGGCAGCUAUCAAGGACGCACUCUACAUCUCCGAGGGCGAAGAACCAUACCAAACCGUCCAUAUCUCACCUACCACUACUGGUACCGCUGGAGCCACAGCAGCAACGGCAUUGACGAAGAAUACGUCAUUUCCAACAGAACAAGAGUUCGUCACUCUACUCCAAACCUCCCAACUCUUACCCUCCUUCCAACAAUUGACCCAAACCGAGGACGAGGACGAAGGAAACACCUGCGAAAAAUCAUCCAACUUUCGACCAAUCCUCAACAAGUCCAAUCCUGGAUCCGAGAAACUUGCACAAGCACUCCACGAUAUCUUUGGUCUCCCUUCCACUCCUGAAGUAAUGACAGCAACUACUAUUACUGCAGUUCCUGAGAACGACAAGAUGGUGUUGUACAGGGUCGCCGAUCCAUCCUCUUCAACAAAGGUUCAUAUUUGGAUCCUUGGCUGGAUCGAUGGUGAUCUCAUCGGUCUCCACACCAUUGCCAUCGAAUCGUAA